CCUCAGUCGCUGUUCAUUUUCUAACGGUAACGGGUUUGCUGCGCGUCGUUUAAGCUAAAGCUUGCGUCGCCGUUGCCGCCGUAGCUUUCUGCUACACAAACAAUAAUAAUAAAAAAAAGCGCUAGACGAAAUAAUAAUAGUUAAUAAUUGGCUGCCAUUGUUGUUUCAGCUACUGUUAUUCUGCCUGUUUCCAGUGGUUAUUUAAAGUAAAUAGAUUUGUUAUCAGUCAAAUAUAAGCAAAACCGAACAGUGCCAUAAAAAUAAAAAUAAUUUUACAACGAAAAUCCUUAGUACACACACUCACACAGAGACGCACAAGUCGCGUGCUGUGACUGUGUGCGUGAGUGUAUAGAAAUGCUUCAGUGCAGCAAGUUUUAGCGCAUGCGCCUUCGUCUCCCCCCCUUUAGUAAGUCGCUGCCAAGUUUUUGCAUUAAUUGUUUUCCGUCGAGCCAAAAAGCAUUUAAAUUUACCAACACCAGCACUGCGAGCGGAGAAGCUAAGAUUCCAAACGCGCUGCAAUGUAGAUUGUUCUGCCCGGCAACCAUUGUAAGCUAGCAUCAUGGUGGAAUCGUCGAGUUUGGGGCGUGCGCCGCCAGCGGCACAGCAGCCCAUACCGCAGCAGCACUCGCCGUCGCCGUCGGGAAUGCGCUGCGGCAAUCUGGAGACGCGCGUGCGUGGCUCCUGGUAUCGAGUGAUGGUGACGCUGGAAACGGAUUUCCUGGCCGUUAGCUUGGAUGAGUCGUGCGACUCGACGAAUCAUGCCAGCGACGGUCAAUCCACAACACUCAACGGCACGCUGGGAAGCAAUCACAGCGGCGGAGGAGGCGCCAGUCAGAAUGGAACGCUGCCCAGCUCCGCCUCGUUACAGGGCAUGGUGGUUCAGGACACGGAGCUGGAUGGCUCUGUGGGCACUGGCACCGGCAGCAACGACAACGGCGACCUUUGCCUGAACAACAACAAUAAUGCGGACGCCGGCGGCCUGGAUAUGUGCGAUGUACCUGACCAUGUGGCCAAUCAGAAGCGCCAUGUGCGCAUCAUCAAGUCGGACAACAACGGCCUGGGCAUAUCCAUCAAGGGCGGCCGCGAGAAUCGCAUGCCCAUCCUCAUCUCAAAGAUCUUUCGGGGCAUGGCCGCCGACCAGGCCAAGGGCCUCUACGUGGGCGAUGCCAUACUCACCGUGAACGGCGAGGAGCUGCGCGACGCCACCCACGACGAGGCGGUGCGUGCUCUCAAGCGUGCCGGCCGUGUCGUGGACCUGGAAGUUAAAUUUCUGCGCGAGGUGACGCCCUAUUUUCGCAAGGCGAGCAUUAUAUCUGAGGUGGGCUGGGAGCUGCAGCGCGCGUUCCUUUGCCCACUGGGUCCGGGCGCGCCCACAUCUCCGCCAGCGCCGACGCCCAAGACAACGCCGCGUGCCGACACGCGCUACAUCCCGUUGCAGCUGACGCAUCUGGCGCGCAAUCUCAAGUACAUCGAUCCGGAGAACCGCUGCCUGGAACUCCAUUCGCCGGAUGGCGUGCACUCGUGCAUCCUGCGUGCGGCCGACUCCGCGGAAGCUUUGGUCUGGUUCAAUGCGCUCCACUCGGCCAUGAGCAGCAGCACGCAGCGCUCCCUGCUCGAGGCGAAUCGUGCGCUCUCGGCGCUCAUCGGGGAGCUCAAGCACAUUGGCUGGCUUAGCAAGCGCCUAAGUGGAGGCGGUGGCAGCUCUGGCAGCGCCGGCGGCGGCGGAGGCAGCGGCGCAGCCAGCGGCGGCAGUGGCACAUCCACCAGCGGAGGCGUCGCCGGCGAGGUGGUAAGUCCGAGCGGACGGUCCAGCUCGGAGAGCUCUGACGAGAGCGACAAAUGGCUGCCCAUUUUCGUGGCAGUCACCGAGCGGGAGUUUCGGGUCUACGAGAGCGCGCCCUGGUCCGUGGAAGCCUGGAGUCGUCCCGUGGAGAGCUAUGCGCUGGCCACAACCCGCCUGGCCGGCGCUGGCAACAACUCGUCCCUAAAUGGCCAGCAGACAACGGUGUUUUGCGUGCGGUGCGGCACGGCGCGGGGCGUCCUGGUCUAUUGGCUGCGCUCGGAGACGCACCGCGACAUGGCUGCGUGGGCGCGUGCUCUGGUCCAGGGCUCCCAUCAGGCGGUCAAUUUGCAGCGGGAGUUCUCCUUUCGCUGCCUCUACCAGGGCAGGCAGUGUCAAUUGGUUGUGCACAUAAAUCGCGGCUUCUUCUUAUACGACUGCGGCGGCUUCGCCUCGUCCACGCCCACAGCGGCGUCGGCGACCACCAAGACGCAGCUCUGGCAGUUCGCCUUCGAUAAGUUGAAAGGAUCCGCGGACGAUGGCGCCCGCAUGUUGUAUUUGGACUUUGGCGAGGAUGGCGAAAUCGAACUGGACAUGGAAUGCUGCCCCAAGCCCGUUGUAUUCGUCGUGCACAAUUGCCUGUCGGCGAAGGUGCACAAUAUUGCCUAGGAGGCCUUGGCCAGUUGGAGCAGCUGCUCCCAGCAAGCAUCAGAGGGAAUAGUUUGGAAAUAUCUAAAACCCAAAAUAAAAUAAAUCAAUUACAUUUUUUUAAUUUUAUAUAAAUAUUAUGCUCUGUAGACGAAGAGAGUGAAUUUAACAGUUUUCAUUGAAGUAUUAAGAGAUUUGUUCGCUUGAGAGGAUUACCUGGCCAGCAGCAGAUGGCGAGUGCGAGUGAGCAUUAUGUGCUUCCCGAUGGCUAUUGGGCUAUUUGUAAGGUUAGCAGAAACGAAACAGAAACAGAAACUGAACACAAAGCAAAAAGUAGAAUCUUUCGAGGGGAGAACUAAAUCGAAUACCGACAAGCACAAACCAAAACAUUUUUACAUUGUAAGUAGACGUAAAUUCAUUUUAUACGGACGUGUGUCAUAUACACACUGAUAAUAUAUACCAUCUAAAUACAAAGCAAAGAAAUUAAAAUUACAAUUAAAUCCAAUUUGAAAACGAAUAUCUAAAUGCAAAUCUGAUAUAUUGAUAUAUUGAUAUAUUCAAUACACACACACACACAAGUUGAACAAUAAUUAUCGUAAUUGUACUUAACUAAUUGUAUCUUGUAUCU